AUGCGUGCCGCUCGCGUCUGCGUCGUCCCCGCUCGACCGAUCCACCGCCCCGCGGACUCACGCGGUCGAUCUCUCACCGCUAGUGGGCGCGACUCACAUCUCCCCAAGCUCUAUAUUCCCGCUGACGGGCAAGGAGAGUCCCCGGAACAGAAGGCAGCGAAGACGCUUCGCAGGCUCUUCACCUGGGUUGCUAUCAGAGUCGUCCAAUCCCACCUCGAGGGCGCCGGGAACGACGGAGGUUUCGCACCGCAGGCGACGAACAGGGACGGGACGUGCGGUUCUCCAGAUUACGACGAUUUACGAAAGGCGAUGGAAAGCAUUCCGUUGGGCGAUGGGGACGAGUGGUUGGACGCGUUCAUGUCGGUGAACCCAGAGGUGUGCCUGCGGAUCAUCGUCGCCAGAGAGACGUACGUGAAAGAGUUCGAUUACGAGCAAGCACGAUCGAUCACGGAGGACAUGAUCGCAAAGGGGAACGCGCAGCUAAUGAAGAGGCACGCGACCCGGAGCUUCGGAGCGCUGGAGUGA